UCAGCCAGUAAACUGAUUGUGGUGUGACUACUCUCCUAAAUAGGCCAGUCGUGUUUCCAAAUAAAAGGAGCUGAUAUCACAAUGACGCUCAGAGUUGUGUUGGCAUUGCUGUUGCCGGCGGCUGCGUAUCAGUCGCCUCGGCCCAGAGACUGCAGCGACGUCUACAGGUCUGGCUCGGGUCUGGACGGAGUUUACGCCAUCUACCCAGCAGGCCCCACCUCUCCUGUGCUGGCUUACUGUGACAUGGGCAAAGACGACCUCGGUAGCUCUGCAGAAAAAUGGACGGUGAUUCAGAGAAGACAGGAUGGCACAGUCAACUUCUUCAUGAAGUGGGAUCAUUACAAAUCUGGAUUUGGGAAUGCUGCUGGAGAGUACUGGUUGGGCCUGGAAGUAAUGCACCUGCUGACUCAAGACAGAAACUAUGAGCUGAGGGUGGACAUGGAGGACUUUGAUGGUCAAAAGGUGUUUGCUCAUUAUUCUGCCUUCUCUGUUGGUCCAGAGUCUGAGGGAUACAAGCUGAACCUGGGAAGUUUCAUAAAUGGGGCAGCAGGAGACUCUCUAAGCUAUCACAGCGGAAAGAAAUUCACGACCACUGACAAAGAUCAAGACGAGCAUGGCUCAAACUGUGCCAGGCUCACAUAUGGUGGGUUCUGGUAUAGGGACUGUUUCAAUGCCAACCCAAACGGUAUCUACACCUGGGGUCCUUCACCCCAUGCAGCUGGUGUCCAAUGGACGACUUUCAAAGGGCUUGACAAUUCUCUAAAAACCAUGAUAAUGAAGAUCAGACCAGUUGAUGGGUAAAACCAGGAGAAAGACAUCAUGAAUAUGGCCGAACGCAUUAACACAUUUCCUUGUUACAGACAACACACAACUCCAGUUGUCUUCAAAUGUUCAAACAACGGAUGGAGAAGUUUUUGAAUUUUAAUGUUUUUGAAAAUGAUUUAUUAAUCCCAAGAGGGAUUUGUGGCUUAUAUUCCCUCUGGAGGCUGCGAAUGACUGGACAACUUUGUGGUUUUGUUGAUUCAUUACACAGACAUGGCAUAUUAUUAAAAAAUCCUGCUAUUGGCCUUAUACACUUUUCAAAUUUGCUAAUAAACUGAAUUUGGGCUUUUUUUAUGUUAUCUGUCAAUCAUGAUACAGAUAAAAACACUAAAGCCGCUCUGGUUGAAUUAAAUUUGUAUAUAUGAGUUUUACCUUCUAAAUUAAAUUAUUGAAAUUCAUUUUUUUAAUGAAAAUUAUACUUCUUAAUGAUGCACUUGUGAAUAAAUGACUUGACUUGAAAACA